ACCUCUUCCGGGUCAGUCAAAAUGCCUAUGAAAAAAAAGGGGAAGAAGAAGGUAGCAGCAGCCCCUUUGGUGGCCAAAAAAGCUGCAGAACCCAAGAAAGUUGUUAACCCCCUGCUGGAGAAAAGACCACGAAACUUUGGAAUUGGUCAAGAUAUUCAGCCUAAGCGUGACUUGAGUCGCUUUGUAAGAUGGCCCAAAUACAUCCGACUCCAGCGUCAACGAGCAGUGUUGAUGCAGAGACUGAAGGUUCCCCCUCCCAUCAACCAGUUCAGUGGAUCACAGACUCUGGACAAACAGACAGCAACUCAGCUGUUCCGUCUGAUGGACAAGUAUAAGCCUGAAUCCAAACAACAGAAGAAGGCUCGUCUAAAGGCCAGGGCCGAGGAGAGAGCCGCAGGAAAGGAGGACAAGCCUACUAAACGACCCCCAGUGAUGAGGUCAGGAGUCAACACAGUGACAGCCCUUGUAGAGCAGAAGAAAGCUCAGCUGGUCGUCAUUUCUCACGAUGUUGACCCUAUUGAGAUUGUGAUCUUCUUACCAGCCCUGUGCAGAAAGAUGGGAGUGCCCUACUGCAUAGUCAAAGGAAAAGCCAGACUGGGACGUGUUGUUCACAGGAAAACUGCUACAUGUCUGGCCUUCACAAAUGUCAAUUCAGAAGACAAAAAUGCCCUAAAUAAACUGUGUGAAGCUGUCAAGACCAACUUCAACGACAGAUUUGACGAGAUCCGCCGACACUGGGGAGGUGGACAGAUGGGUAACAAGUCUCAAGCCCGCAUUAACAAACUUGAAAAAGCUAAAGCUCGUGAACUGGCCCAGAAAAUGGGUUAGAAGUGCAAAUAAAUUAUGGCUGAAUAGUG